AUGUCGCAGUUACUCAUCGACGCGACGACAUCUCUUCUGAAUUACGUUCCUCUCAUCAAUCAAUACCUUCCAGUGGCCUCUUCUCAAAAACCUUCAAUUGGUGAAAUGAGCCAUCUUGUUCGACUUGCUGGUGUCUCUGGUGCUUUGGCAAUUAGUCUUGGAGCUUAUGGAUCUCAUGUUUUGCGUGAUUCUCCAAAUGCUUCUGAUCGCCGGAAAACAGCAUUCGAAACUGGAAAUCGUUACCAUUUGAUUCAUUCUUUGGCACUGUUGGCCAGUAGCAAAGCAAGAUAUCCGCGCGUUACGGCGACAUUGUUAGCAACUGGUAUGCUCCUAUUCUCUGGUCCGUGCUAUCAUUAUGCGAUAACUGGAAAGGAGGAUGUGCGCAAGUUCACUCCGAUUGGUGGUGUCACACUUAUUUUGGCCUGGCUCUCAUUCGUUUUGUAA